UUUAUGUAACGUCGAUAGCAAUUUUCUUUAUCAAUAACCAAUCAAAUGGUGGGUGUGUCGCCUUUCGCCAAUACAACUCCAAUAAUCUCGAAAUUAGUUUCCACCCAACUUUCAAAUUUUUCUAUAAAAGUUUUCGAACAGACUGGCAGAGCAUCACUUUAAAUAUAACUAAGAUAUAAGCUAUUGUAAGCUUAUAUUCUUCUAUCAAAUCAACUACAGUGAGCGUAGCAGUCGUCGACAUGCCUCAUAUUAACAACACGUUGCUGUACAACUCCGUCUUAAUGCUAGACCCUUCCGAACAUUAUCGUCCAGAACACAAAAAGAUGGAAGAAUUCAGACAGUACACGACGGACAAGGACGAUCAUAUUCAGAGAAGAGUACGAGAAACUUAUAGGAAAAUGCACAAUAAUCAAACUGUACAAUUCGUCGGCGAAAGAACUCGCUACUGGACGAAAUUCGAUAAGUGCCAGAUGAACAUAAUGCAAGCUCUCGAAAAGCUCAACNUCCGCAUCAUAUCAUUGGGAUUCCGUUAA